GCGGCACAGCUCUGCUUCUUUACUUCCUCACGGCAUUGCCAGCACCUUUUGCAUCUGCUUUUACUGUUGAGCGUUGUCAUUUUGCUGUUGUUGCUACCAAGCCUACGGCGAUCACGCCUAUUACAUGCCCCGCAGCAAGGAUCAAGGUUCCCAGACUUCCCUCCAUCGCUCAUCCAUCGCCAGCCCUCACGACCAGACAACACCAGCACCGAGUCAGCAUCUACUGCGACCACGGCCAUGGCGAAUCUCUUCCGCCGCAUCUACGACUGGCUGCUCCGCCUGUUCUGGGCGACCGAGAUGGACAUCACCAUGAUCGGUUUGCAGAAUGCUGGCAAGACUUCACUCCUCCGAGUUCUGGCGGGAGGAGAGUUCACGGUCGACUCCAUCCCCACCGUGGGCUUCAAUAUGAAGCGCGUCCAGAAAGGUCAUGUAACCUUGAAGUGUUGGGAUCUCGGGGGCCAGCCUAGGUUUCGUUCCAUGUGGGAGCGGUACUGCCGUGGUGUAAAUGCCAUUGUGUUCAUCGUCGACUCGGCCGACAAGGAGGCCUUGCCAGUCGCUGGCGAGGAGCUGAAGCUGCUCUUGGAGAAACCUGCCUUGGAAGGCAUCCCUCUUCUCGUGCUGGGCAACAAGUCAGACUUGCCCAACAAGCUUUCCGUCGACGAGCUGAUCGAGGCCCUGGACCUGAAGUCGGUGUCCCACCGAGAGGUGAGCUGCUACGGCAUCAGCGCAAAGGAAGAGACCAACCUCGACGCUGUUCUCCAGUGGUUGAUUGCCCGUGCCAGCAAGUAAGAUGUUGUGGUGUUCGUAUUUCGAUCCGUCGAUAACGUGACUGGCGAGCUCUCGUCGACCACGUGUCGCGCGCGACCUCGAUUUGGUGUUUUCCGCAAAUUCACGACGCCGAUGUGCCUACGUUCUCACGAAUAACGGUCGUCAGCCUUCUACGACAUCUUUAAUGAUUCUUACGACUUGAUGGAAGAAAAGACGGGCAGAUCGCUCUGCAGGCUAGCGAUGGCCAUUCCAGUUCCCCAGCUCGACACGUUUACUCCCUUUCAUAUCUUUAUUACGGCGAGGGCCCAUGUCCCUAUCAUGUAUCAUCCUCUUUGUUUCAUAUUCCAGCCAAGAUGUAGCAGUUAAGAAAAGACGAGAAAGGGCGGGUCCAGGAAUGAAUUGAUAUGUUUGGUUGCGCAUGCUUGGUCUCUUGUCUGGCUCCAUUGGGAGUAACCUGAGGUUCGCAGCGACACAAUGCCAUAUUUAUGUUUGUCUUGUCUUGUUGACUAGUGCGGGUUUGGUCCUCGUGACGUUGAAGCGCCUCAUGUGCAGGUGCGCCUUCUAGUCAGUCGUCGCUUGACCGCUGCUGACGGGCUCGAGUGCAAUUGCGCGCAGGCGCUGCCGUGGUUGCGGGUUGUGUGCCAAAACCGAGUCCUCGUCGCGUUCUGGUGUAGAAAUCCCGUGUCGCACAGAUGCCAGUGCGGAUUGAGAUGGCGGCGCGGCAGCAGCAGCAUGCGCCAGAUUCGGCCACGGAAAUGACGGCGUUUCGAGCGGAGAGAAAGGGGAGGAACGAUCAAUGCACACAAAAGAAAAGCGACGAGGACAAAUAACUAACAUUUUGCAAUCCGCU